CAUAUAUGGUUUAUGAUUGUUUAUUUUCCAUUCAGUACUAAAUAGAAUUCUCUAUUAUAGAUUCAUAACGACAAUGGAAUGAAUGAAGUAAAACCGUGUGCAUUUUAUGAGCGUAAAAGUUCAGUUUAUUCGUGAUAUUCCAUCUGACAGCGAGGAUUCGGAACUAUCAGAUGACGAGGAUCAAGUAGGAACGCCAAUAUCAACGAAUAAUUUGGGUAGGCAAGACUUGCAAGACACUGAUUCAGAUCCAAAUGAUAUACCUCUCGCGCAACUAUUUCAUCUUCCACCAAGUUUUUCUUCUCCAAGACUGAUGAUAAUAUAACGUGGAAGCCGCCAAGAAUCAUAAGAGAUUCUCAAGAAAAUACAUUUCUUGGAAACAGUGAUCUUCCAGAAGAUAUCUUGCAGUUGCGAGGUGCAUACAGUUUGUUCAAAUUUUUUUUCACAGAUGAAUUUCUUGCCCAGUGCACAGAUGAGACCUAACAAACCACUGACCACGGAUAUAAAAGAAAUAGAGCAGUUUUUAGGAGUAAUUGUAAAUGAAGUGCGACAAAAGAGCUAUUCACUUAUGCUUUAAUGUGACGAAUAAUUAUUUUAAAGAAUUGCAAUGCCAUUGAAAGGUCUGUUUUUUAUCAAAAUAUAAAUAUGUACUUAUCUUUAAACGCAUGAUGUUCCC